UUAUUAAAUACGUUUGUUGAAUGAACAUUGUGCUUUUGAUAUCAGCGCACAUUUUUUUCGACGACGCAUUUUGUUGUAUGCAUGGCUGCAUUGGUUUGUGCAAUCAUGAUGAAAAUGAGACGCAAGUUAAUCAAUAUGUAAUUACGUUGGUGGACACGGUUCAAAAAAACGUGGAGAACUUAUGCAUGCGUUUUUCACCGCCUACUAAAUAUCCAACGCCUUAUGGAGGUCGUCUUGUAUGGACGUUGCCAGGAAAAACUAAUUUAAUAGUUCAUCUGAAGGAUAAAAACAAGAUUAGACAUAGGAAACGAUGGAGUCAAGUCAUGUAUAUGUAUUAUCUUUUGGGUUAUCGUCUAAUGGGACUAUCAAUCGAUACGGAUCGAAAAGAUGCUAUUGCCGAGAACACGUACAUUCUUACAUUGGACGGAGAUAUUGAUUUUCGACCGGGUGCUGUUAAAGUUUUGGUGGAUUUGAUGAAAAAAGAUAGAGAUCUUGGUGCUGCGUGUGGUCGAAUACAUCCGAUCGGAUCAGGUCCAAUGGUUUGGUUUCAAAAAUUCGAAUACGCUAUUGGUCAUUGGUUGCAAAAAUCUACAGAACAUACGAUCGGUUGUGUUCUAUGCAGUCCUGGAUGUUUUUCGCUUUUUAGAGCAAAAGCGUUAAAACAACCCAAUGUGAUGGCAAAAUAUGCUACCAAAUCUACCGAAGCCAGGCAUUAUAUUCAAUAUGAUCAAGGUGAGGAUCGAUGGCUAUGUACGUUGCUUCUCCAAGUGGGUUCCCGGGUUGAAUAUUCGGCAGCAAGUGAUGCUUAUACACAUGCACCAGAACACUUUAAAGAUUUUUACAUACAACGACGAAGAUGGAUUCCCUCCACUGUCGCAAAUAUUUUCGACUUGUUGAUUACUGCUAAAGAGACGAGAAAGGUGAAUAAUGAUAUCUCGUGGCUGUACAUUGCUUACCAGUGGAUUCUAAUGGGGAGUACAAUCCUAGGACCAGGUACGAUAUUUUUGAUGCUGGUUGGCGCGUUCGUCGCCGCGUUUCAUAUCGACAAUUGGACCAGUUUUUGGUACAAUCUAAUCCCAAUUGGCAUAUUUAUCGGAGUUUGUUUUAUUUGCAGGGAACGUAUACAGUUAUUUGUAGCCGAGAUUAUCAGUGCUAUAUAUGGAUUAGUGAUGAUAGUCGUUCUGGUAGGAAUUAUGUUACAAAUCGCCGAAGAUGGAUGGCUCGCACCCAGCAGUCUUCUCUUCUUCAUUGUCGCGUGUCAAAUGACAAUAGCUGGUCUAUUACACCCUCAAGAAGCAACUUGCUUAUUGUGUGGUGUUAUUUAUUACAUUACUGUACCAUCCAUGUAUAUGUUGUUAACCAUCUUUUCCGUUUUCAACGUACAUAAUGUUACUUGGGGCACGCGUGAUUCGAAAAAACUGAAUGUCGCUCCUCAAGAUGAACAGAGAUCUACAGCAAUCGGUACUAUAUCCGGAUUCAUGAUACAACAAAGGAAUAAGCAAAACAAAAAUGAAAAAGGUACAUUAGAAUUUUCCUUGGGGAACCUUUUCAAAUGCGUCUGCUGCGUUCAUUCAGGAAUUAGUUAUGAAGAAAACCGAUUAAAUGAAAUUAACGAGUCUAUACAACAGAUUAACAAACGUCUGAACUUAUUGGACAGAUUACAUGCAGUAAACAUAGAAACUAAUGACGUUACCCAAUCUUCUAAUAUUAAUGCAUUUCCAAGAUAUUUUCCAAUGGAAGAGACAAGAAAAGAAGAAAUACAUGAAGGAAUCGAGUUACAACACAUGACUGAUAAAAGUGAUCAAGAAAAUGUCCUCUACAAGGAUGACGAUGAUGAAAGUGACAUUUUAACACAGGAAUCAGCAACCUCAAGUCAGGAUCGAUCUAGUUUUCUCAUUAGCCCUUACUGGCUUCAAGAUGAAAGACUGCGAAGAGGUGUGGUGGAUUUUCUGUCAAACGAUGAAGAAGAAUUUUGGAAAGAUCUGAUUGGAAAAUAUUUGCAACCUAUUGAAAGCGAUGAAGAGAGUCAAAACAAAAUAACUCAAGAACUGAUCAACUGUCGUGAUGCAUAUUUAUCAAAAUUCUUCAUGCUAAAUGCUUUAUUUGUACUAAUUGUGUUCCUUAUGCAGUUAAACAAAGAUAGACUGCAUUUGCAAUGGCCACUUGGAAUGAAGUACAAUAUUACAUACUACUCAGAAAAAAAUGAGGUACAUUUAACAAAAGAAUAUUUAAGACUUGAACCGAUAGGAUGCUUAUUUAUCGUCGCAUUUGUCAGUAUAUUAGGUAUCCAGUUCUGCGCUAUGUUAUUUCAUCGAUUCGAUACGUUUUCUCAUGUACUUGCUAAUACGAAACUUCCUUCUUGUACUAAGAUAACUUCUUCGGAAGACAGCGUUUUCGAAAAACAUGCUGAUAAGAUAGCACAGAUACUUCAACGUAUGGCGGAGGACGACGUGAUAUUUGAACUUAGACGAAGUACCGUAACUUCUCUUAGCAAGCGAAAUAUACAUGAAUUACCGAGAAAUUCGAAGAGAUCAUUGAAGAUAUUGGGAAACUUUGAAAAGUUGUUUCGACGAAAGCUUCGUGAUCCAAGUUCAGGUUUAUCACAACGCAUGUCCUCACAAAUGCCGAAAAGUGCGUUUAAUACCUUUGAACGGAGGCGAUCAACAAUUUUAGCAGAAAAAAGAAGGACACAGACUCGACAAUCGUAUGAAAUUUAUGAUAAUGCUGAUAAUUUAAGAUCUUCGAACGAUACUUUUCCACCAGAACAAUCUAGUUCUCAUCAAUUUCGUGAUAAUCCGGGAUUUAAGCGGGAUGAGACUAUAUGAGAUAUAUGAAACAAUUAAUUUAUUUUGAAAUAUAAUACAUAAAGAAAUAUAAUACAUAAAGAAAAUUUAUAUAAUUUCUCGCUUCUGAUAAUUGCAAUCCAAUAAAGAUGCACUAAUGUAGUAAAAAAUCAAUAGCCUUAAACUUAUAUUAGUAUAUCUGUAAAUUAAAUAAAAAGUAAAUAAUAAUUUAG